AUGUCACAUAAAUCAAGACAAAUUCAACAACAUCACAAUGAUUCAGAUCAAGAACAUGAAAUUGAAGAUUUAUCAGAUGAUAGCGUAAUCAAUUUCUAUAUGACUUCAUCACAAGUUUGCAAUCAAGCAAUCAAGGAAGUGAUUGCACUUUGUCAAGAAGGUAAAUCGAUUAUUGACAUUUGUGUAGCUGGUGAUGCUUUUAUCGAAUCUGCAUGCGCCAAGUUGUUCACAAAGCGUAAGAAUUUGGAAAAGGGUAUUGCUUUCCCAACCUGUGUCUCUAUCAAUGAUUGCGUUGGUCACUUUUCACCACUCCGUAGUGAAGCCCCAACUCUUCUCAAAAAGGGUGACAUUGUAAAGGUUGACCUCGGUGUUCAAUUUGACGGUUACGUCGCCAUGGGAGCCCACACUAUUAUUGUUGGUGGAGGUGAUGCCGGUCAACCACUUACUGGUCGUACCGCCGACGCUAUCUGCGCCGCUCACUUUGCCAUGGAAGCUGCCAUCCGUCUCGUCAAGGAAGGCAACAAGAGCUCCGAUGUCACCAAGGCCAUCACCAAGAUUGCCGACGCCUACCACGUCACUCCAGUGGCCGGUAUUCUCUCGCACGAUCUCAAGCGUUGGAGUUUGGACGGUGAAAAGAUCAUCUUUUCCAAGGCCCCAACCGGUCACCAACGUGCCGACGAACACCAAUUUGAAACCAACGAAGUAUACUGUAUCGAUAUUGUCAUGUCGACCGGUGACGGCAAGUCCAAGGACAAGGGUUCACGUACCACUGUCUUUAAGCGUGACACUAACCAAAACUACCAACUCAAGAUGAAGGCCUCCAAGGAUCUCUUGCACGACAUUAACCUCCGUUACCCAGCCCUCCCAUUCACCCUCCGUGCCUUUACCGACGAAACCAAGACUCGUCUCGGUCUCGGUGAACUCACCAGCCACGGUCUCGUCAACAGUUUCCCAGUCCUCUAUGAAGCCGCCGGUAAUGCCGUCGUCCAAUUCAAGGCUACCAUCCUCCUCCUUCCAUCUGGUAACGUAAAGAUCACCUGUAAUGAUCUCCCACUUCCAUUUGUCAGUUCUACCUAUUCCGUCGAUGAAGAAUCAAAGGCUAUCCUUGCUCUUCCUUUAAAGAAUGAAAAGAAAAAAUCAUCUGAUAAAAUGGAUACCAAUUAA